ACCUUCCAGUCGCGUCAAAGAGUGGAGGACGUCACCUGGCGCGGCGGAGCUUUUGUACGGGGGAGGAGAGGCGGCGGUGGCCCCGCCCACCGCGAGCCCUGCGUCACCAGCCACAAGCCCGCGUCGUGCCAACAGUUUCACGCACUCAACCACACACGCGGAACUCUGCCUCUUGACAGGUCACUGUAAAUGAUGCGACACAAUACAGUGUCGCACAACGAUGACGUUUCGCUUAUUUAUUGCCAGAUGGGUUUCGGUUCAAACCCCGCGAGUGGUCCUUCCUGAGUGACAGGUAGAGCGGUGGGAUAUUCAGGACCUCAUCCAGCUCGAAUGAAUGUCAAAAAAAUCCUCACUAUUCACCGGACUUCCCAAGGGUGGAGAAAGGGCCCCGAGCUCCACUCCGCCCACCUCUGUUCUAGACUACUUCCUCCUGGACGUGUUUUGUCGUCAACAUUCUCCUCUCCUCCAACUCCAGCCUGAGUUCAAGCCCACGUAAAUGCGAUUCCUGACAUGUGAACUGCAUCGUCUCCUCCCCCUCUCCUCCUCCCUGGAACCUUCCACCAUCCACCAGCACCUGUGUAGCUGCAGCUCCAGACGCCUCCAUGGAUCCUGCCUUGGAUCACAGACGAACAAACAAGAAACGAUUGCGUAAACUUUUGGAUUCUAAAAGAAACUGACAGACUUUUCUCUUAUUUAUUCAAGGUCUUCGCCGUGACAUCAUCUGCUCUGCUCUUGUUUUCCUCUCUCUGUCUCCCAACUCUUCCUCCAGGCCCUGCUGUUCUUUGGCCAGAAGACGCCAGAGUUCCUACCGACACCCUUCCAGGCCAGUGACGCAAACAUUAAAAAGAUCCUGUUUUAACCUUAAAAAACCCUUACCAUGACCAACUAAAAGACCCAAUCUUGUCCAGCACUGGACACUGAGCCGAAUGAAACAGGCGUUGGUGAGAGCAGCUGCAUCAAUAACCAAUCUCCCUUGUGAACAGCUCGCACAGCAGCUGCUCCUGCUCUUAUCAGCUGAGGGAAAUGUCACCAGCCACGUCCACCUAAAACCUCAACACUGAAGGAGCUCUAGGCCAAAACACUAUUGAUCCCCUCCAGAUCCUUCACCACCAGGGAGCAGUUACCUGCUCACAUGAAGGCAGUAGGGCAACUUCCUGCUAUAGAAUCUCUAGGUCCCCAGUUAAACAUGGCUUCCACACUCACAUGACUUCAUCCAUGUGAUUUCUUGGCGAUUUACUGUCACCAUUUUGUUACGUUAUUUAGUAGUGAGUAGUUGUGCUUGAUGCAGGUGUGUAACUCGUAUAGACAAAUAUAGACUGUAAACCAUGUGUCCAAUGGAGGAAUAGAUUUUGAAAAUCCAAUGGUUUCUUAAGGAUUAAAAACAGGAAAAUAUCUAUUUAAAAAUUAACAAAUAUAUGUUUGGAUUAAACAAAGCUGUUAGGAUGGUUUUAUUUAUGGUGGAGAAAGUCCCAAAAGCAUUAGAGGGAAUGUAUCACAGUAAAGGCCUGAGAUGAGCGAUGUUUCCUUGUGAAAAAUACCCUCUCCAGAUCGCAAGAAACAUGAAGGUAAAACAUUUCAAACAAAAAAAAUAUUGGAGUAAUAAGAGAAAAAUAAAAUAAAAUAAAAACGAAAACAGGAGUGAUAAUGAAUCCUUGAGAUUGUGCGAGUAAACAGUUGAAAUGUGAGCCAAAAAUAAAACUAGCACCUGCUUAGUUCCACUCAUGGGAGGUCCGGCUCUGGCCACGCCCACCACUCAUGAUGACGGCAGCUGCGAGGUUCUCAAUAGAAGGCGAGAGAAGAAGGUGAGGCGCUGAAGCCCUCGAGCCGUGAUCAGGUGCGCAGGCCACGCGCGCCGCUCCUGUGCGUCGCCGGGUCACAUGUCGUGCUGAAUGAUUUAACGCUCUUGACAUCAUCGCCGCCCCCCUCCCUCCCUCCCUCCUCUCAUCCCCCUCCUCCCGCUGCUGCUGCUGCUGAUGCUGCUGACCGACUGCAGCAUCCGACAUGGACAUGCUCUAAUCCAGCCACAAGAACUUCCAUCGGCGCCAUGUGGGGAAGCCCUGAAACGGACUGAAUCGGGGUUCAUAAAACAGCUCUUCCUCCUCCAGCACAGCUCUUCUCAAAUAAACUGCUCGACCUGAAGCUCCCAAGAUGAGUGGACUCGCAGGAAAGCUGGACCCCCGGAGGAUCCAGUGGGGCGCCACGUGGAACACCUUCACGUCUCGAGUUCUGAGGACCAAACCGGUGGAGUCCAUGCUGGACUCGGCCAUGUCAGGCACCGGGGCGCACGGCACGAGGCUAGCCAGGGUGCUCUCCACUGUGGACCUGGUGUCGCUGGGUGUGGGCAGCUGCGUGGGGACCGGGAUGUAUGUGGUCUCUGGGCUGGUCGCGAAGGAGAUGGCUGGACCGGGAGUCAUUGUUUCGUUCAUCAUCGCAGCUGUUGCUUCGAUAUUAUCGGGAGUGUGUUACGCGGAGUUUGGGGUGCGCGUUCCGAAGACGACCGGCUCCGCCUACACGUACAGCUACGUGACCGUUGGAGAAUGCGUGGCUUUCUUCAUCGGCUGGAAUCUGAUCCUGGAGUACCUGAUCGGCACAGCGGCCGGGGCCUCGGCUCUCAGCAGCAUGGCCGACUCGCUGGCCAAUCACACCAUCAGCAACUUCAUGAUCACACAUAUUGGCGCGUUGAAUGGCCUGGGUAAAGGCGAACAGUCGUACCCCGACUUGCUGGCGUUGUUGAUCGCGCUGCUGGUGACUGUGAUUGUGGCGCUGGGCGUGAAGAACUCUGUUGGCUUCAACAACGUCUUGAACGUCAUCAACCUGGUGGUGUGGGUCUUCAUGAUGAUCGCCGGGCUGUUUUUCGUCAACGGAGAGAACUGGGACGAGGGGAGGUUCCUCCCCUUCGGCUGGUCCGGGGUGAUGCAAGGAGCUGCCACCUGCUUCUACGCGUUCAUCGGUUUUGACAUCAUCGCCACCACUGGAGAGGAGGCCAAGAGCCCCAACACAUCCAUCCCGUACGCCAUCACAGCCUCACUCAUCACCUGCCUCACCGCCUACGUCUCGGUCUCUGUGAUCCUGACGUUGAUGGUACCGUACAGCGAGAUCGACGCCGACGCGCCGCUGAUGGAGAUGUUUGCUGUGCACGGGUGCAUGUUCGCCAAAUACAUCGUGGCAGUCGGAUCCAUCGCUGGAUUGACGGUGUCCCUGCUGGGGUCUCUCUUUCCCAUGCCCCGAGUCAUCUAUGCCAUGGCAGGGGAUGGCCUGCUAUUCAAGUUUCUGGCACACGUGUCGUCCUACACGGAAACCCCGGCGGUGGCCUGUGUGGUGUCUGGUUUUUUGGCUGCCCUCCUGUCACUUCUGGUCAGCCUCAGAGACUUGAUAGAAAUGAUGUCCAUCGGGACUCUGCUGGCCUACACCCUGGUGAGUCUGUGUGUGCUGCUGUUGCGGUACCAACCUGAGGGCGAGAUCCACGGCUUUGUCAACUUCCUGUCUGAGGAGCAGAAGAACAAGAAGAAAGAGGGUGUCCUGGCGGAGUGUGAGAAAGACGCCUGCUCCCCCACCAGUGAAGUGGAGGAGUACGGAGGUCAACCCACCAACACUUGCGGAGCGAAAAACCUGCCUUCGCUCGGUGACAACGAAAUGCUAAUCGGCAAACCGGACAAGAACGCCUACUCGGCCAAUCACCCCAACUACGGCACCGUCGACAUGACAACUGGAAUCGAAGCGGAGGAGUCGGAGGAAGGGAUGUCUCGCCGCCUGAAGAAGAUCAUAGGCCCGCGGUACUACACCUUACGGAUACGACUGGGGCUACCUGGGAAGAUGGACAGGCCGACAGCCGCCACAGGAAAAACUGUCACCGUCUGUGUGCUGCUGCUCUUCAUCAUCCUCUUCGCUUUCUGCUCCUUCAUCAUAUUUGGAGCAAACUUUAUCGGCGAGGGUCACUGGUGGGCUUUGCUGCUGCUGGUCUUCUUCAUUGUCUUCAUCGCGCUGCUGGUCAUCAUCAUCCUGCAGCAGCCAGAGAACCCCAAGCGACUGCCCUACAUGGCACCUUGCGUGCCUUUUGUGCCCGCCUCCGCCAUGCUGGUCAACAUCUACCUCAUGCUCAAACUGUCGGCCAUCACGUGGAUACGGUUCUCCAUCUGGUGUCUCAUAGGGGUGCUGAUCUACUUUGGCUACGGCAUGUGGAACAGCACGCUGGAGAUCACGGCCAGAGAGAACGAGGUGCACGCCUCCACGUACCAACGCUACGACCAGGGCGUGGACGAAGGCUUCUGCGGCUUCGAGGACGACUUCUACCCGCCCACCACUGAGCCGUGGGACACACCUGAGGUGAGAUCAGAAGCCGUGCCGACCAAAGCCAAACCGGAGAAUGACGAAAUGUCGCCAAAGGAAGUGAGGAGGACCAUUGGCAAUCACGGACUGGCAGAAGAAGACCCGAUGGAUUUCUAAAAGGCACUGACUUUUGUGUUAUCAUGAAUGUACUGCCUUGUCUGUUGCCUGAGGGGAGCGAGGGGGCACCCGUGUGAGAGCAUGAAUGGUCCGGUGUGUAUGUGCGUGUGCAUGAUUGCAUGUGUGUGGGUUGCUGUUUGUUUGCGUCAUGCGUCAUAUCCAUGGGCUCGACCGUCUCCUGGCGGGGGAGUAACGUCCCCAUCCUCACUUUUCUCUGCCUCGUCUGAUUCCGUGCAUCUAAUGUGGACGUCAAGAUGUGUGUGUGUCGUCACAGUCACUUUACUGGAUUCCACUCCCCACACCGCGGCAAGGCCAGGUGCCAAAGUGCAGACAUUGUGAAACUGACUGCUACUCAUCGAUUUGUCCCUGGGAUGAGUCACAAGCCGAGACAUUUCCAGGUUCUACGUCGCUUGUAAGAUGCUUCUUGUCUUUAAGAAGACGUUUGCACUUGUUAAAAAUAAAACCUAAAACGUCGAGCCCAAAGUCCUGGUUAAAAGGUGUUGCUGUUUUCUGUCACGACUACCACCUUGCUUGCAAUAGUGCCUUCAUCCUGUGAGUUCGGGUUACUUCCGUGUAUGUGGAAGGGUUGACACACCUUGACACGUCGAUGCAUGAGCGGAGCCUGUUUUGUUUGUCCAUGUUUUCAGAGUGCUCUUCCAGCAUUUAGCAGCAUUUGUCACUGAAGAAACAACAUCUCUUUAGGGGUAGUUUCACUUUGCCUUGGCCCUAGCAACAGAUUUGGUCAACAAGACACCCUAAAAAAGUGAGCGCUGCUCACCCCAGGGGUGGAUCAUGCUGCCAAAGAUAAUCUGGCAUUCUCUGGGGUAAAUGGGAAAACCAUCCGCGGAAAGGUUAUUGUGAAUUAUACUGAUAAGUUUGGACCUUUGGAGGGGUUCGAGAUAAGCCCGUAUGGCUAGGUUUGCAGGAACUCUUCUAGGCACUUCACAGGACAAUUUGGCCGAAUGGAGUUCCUUAAAGAAGAGGUCUCAGUACUUUCAUCUAGUGUUGUAGUGGUUAAUCGUAUGAUGAACUCUUUGGUGGUCAUUGGUGAGGGUGUCUUAAAAGCAUGAUCUUUCUAUGAAGGCUUUCUCAGGCGAAACUCAAGCGAGGACUCCUUAGUUAAGACGUAGAGCUUGGGAGUGCUGGACUCAAGUGUUACGUGUUCUCUUUAGUUCCCUGCCGUGACUCGACCCCUUUUGUCGGUACAUUUUGCGGUAUGAUUUGGGGAAACUCAUGAUCCCUGUCGUCUACCAAACUAGCUUCCAUUCAUGUCGCUUUUGCUUCCAUUCCUGCUUAGGUGUCGUGAAAGUCACAGUCUAGCACCCAUCGUAACGGAGAUCAAAGCUGGCGUCGCCACAGUUCAAGGGUGAUUUGUCAAGUGGAAUGUCAAUUUCUGUGGUAUCCUUGUCUCCUGUACCUGUUGCUGCAUCAGUCCCUUCCAGGGAGGCCUUAUUUAUAAUGCACUAACUCUACAGAUGCCACGCUAACGCCAACCCCGCACCUCACCUGUGCUCCCGCAGCAUCCGUUCUCUCACCUCAUCUUGAAUCUGAGGCUCCAGAACUGAGUGAUAUCGGAGCACACGUACCUGCACACUGUAUCCGCCACAGGUGGAACACUAUAGCUGUGCCACGUGAACACGAAUCUCAUCCAGAAAAACUUUGGCAUUCAGUCGAAUUGAAGCCGACAGAUCCGACAGCUCUUCAACCACCUCAUUGGUUGCCAUUUAAGGCGGACCUUUUGGUUGUUUUUUUUUUGUCUUUCAUUUCUGCACUAUGGGACUACAAAACAAAAUCCUCACAAAUUUGAUCCAGUGAUAACCGUCUUCAAACUUCAAUGAGUGAGUCUUGGACCUUGCUAGUCUGCUAGUCAUGUUCAGUUUGACUUGCUACCAUCAUGGUUGGCAAAGGUGUGACUCCUAGGGGGAGCUCUUGCUUAUUGUUCACAGUGUGUGUUCCAGAAUGGGCACUGAACUCGGAGCGUAAAGGCGCUUUACCAGACCAGACAACAAGAGCUCAGAAAAUUCAGAAGUUCAGAAUGAAGAAUUGAAGAUUCAGGUUUCCUAGAAUCCAGAAUGAGAGCUGUGAAUAUACUAUAAUGACUGUUGCCAACCAUCAGCUCAACACGUUAUUCUGACAAUCAAUCCAAAUAUUGCAGUCCAAGUAACGUCACCACUGCCAAGCCUCCGACCCCAGAUUGUAAAGAACCUCUUCUUAUUUGUUGUUGUGGGACUGCAUGGACCACGUUUGUGUGUGUUUGGCAGGUAAAUGUGACGCAUGCCGUUCUGCAUGAGGCCCAGGGUCUAGUCAGUGUUUCAGCAUGUGAUGGCUUAUCACAGUGCAUACGUGGUACUUACCCAGACGGACUUUCAAACCCGCUCCGAAGUCAUGUUCCGGAACACGACACUUUGAUGUCAAGCGGUGUCACCUCACUUUGGACCCGGUCCAGGUUUUGAAAACACGUUCACCUGUGGACUCAGGCAGAUGGACAAAAGCUACUCACUGGUUAGUAAGCGACUUCCUUCAGAAGCGACCCGUGAUUUGCCCAGCGCGAGUCUUGGCUGUCAGUCACGCAUCCAGCUAGAGCUCAUCUCUGGUAUCUUUAGCUUGAGCACGCUCAUGAAGGCAUCCAGGAUCAUCGACAGGGGUUUACAAACCAAGCUUCUUCUUCCCUUCUGCGUGCACGUGGACUGGGUCCCAAAGCAUCGAGCGAACCCCAGGCCUGGCUUGAAAAACAGUCUCACAUGUAGCAAACGUGGGUUGGCCGCUCCUCUAGCAGCUUCCUGUUCCUCCCUCCUCACGACCUCUGUAUGCCAAAGCCCACCAAGUGUGUUUACUUCUGUUGAUGCAGGACGACCUUUUGCGCUGACAGUGGACACAUCUUGAAUUCUAAUGUGUUAUCAGAUUGAUUUUGACGAUUUAUUCAUGAAAUAAAAUCACAUAACUAGUAGCCUGAAGAUCAUGGACCACAGCAGAUGAAUCUAUCCAGCAGGAAAGAAAGUAUUUUUCUACAGCUGUUUUCCACCGCGGGUCUCCCCUGGGUGGACGAGGCCAGCAGUAAACUGAAUAUAUUUUAACAACUCUAGACUCUGGAAGAAUGGAGGUAGUUUAAUUUCUUUACAUUUAGCUGAAAUCUUACAGGGUUACGGAGCAACUAUUUUAACUUGCUUUUGAAAGUUCAUGCAUCACAGACGGCGUGCUUCUGUGUUCUCUUCGUGCUUGGAGUGUCCACUUGCUGUUUUGUUCUGGCUAACUUGAUAUUUCCUUCUCUUCAGUGUAUACUUUUGGGCACAAGGUUGUAAAAUGUUGUCGUUUCUGGUUUCUUUUUUUCACGUGUGACGUUCUUUUUCGCCUCCUUGGCUCCACUGUUUCUAUGCUGAGGUGGUGAUAUUGUUUUAAGCAACAAUGAAAGUUAUUUAUUGCAAAUACUAAAAAGUGUCUUGGUCGUUUUUCAAAGCUUCUAUUUGGAAAUUGUUUCGUAUCACUGUCGUGACAUUUCUAUAUACUGUAUAUACGUCCAACAAUACUCUAUUCCAACGGAUUUAGCAUAAGAAAACAUAGUUAGAAGUUGAAUUCAUGCAAUAUUACAGCAGGUCUUUUUGCUGUUGACAUCUUCGAUUGCUGAGAAUAUUCCGACUUAGGAAAUCCUACGUUGGGUGACAUCAUCUGUGGGGCGGAGCUGACAACUGGAACACAGAACUAGAGUCCAAAAAAAGGCGGGAAAACCAAUGUGCUAGCAUAGCAUGUAUUUAUUGAAAAAAAGUAGAAAAACAGCUCAAAAGAAUCAAUAUAUACACCAAGAUAACACUACUGGAUCUAAAACCUGAAGUUCUGUUAGUGUGUUUAAGGUCAUCGUGAGGAGGCAUCAUAACACUACUCUGGUAACAUUAAAGUCUAAAGAUAUGUACAGACGCAACAGAAACAGAAGCUAUAAACACAAACAGUGGUUUUUAAAUGUGCAAAGAGUCGGUUCAUUUUCAACUUGAGCAAAACAAAUUUGAUCAUGAAGUAUUUGUGUAUGAUUUUUAACCUAAUAUUCAUGUGUUAAAACUGCAAUGUUCCCUUUUUCCUGGCCAUUUUGAAAUACGUUUCAGAAAAAUUUAAUGUUCAAGAGGAAAUAAACUUUACCAGAGGCAGCACCAUAAGAGCUGGGGUGUGCAGAGAAAAUGGAGCCUUUUUGUGUGUUUUCAUCCUGUUUUUGAUAUAAAUAAAGGCUCUGA